CUCCUCCCCCUGCAACCAGUGCCAGCUCUUUUAAGCCAGCGCCUGAGUCAUCCUGCUCGCUCAGAACAGUUUGGACACCCACCAUGGCCACCUUUGUGGAGCUCAGGACCAAAGCCAAGAUGCCCAUCGUGGGCCUGGGCACCUGGAAGUCUUCCCCAGGCCAAGUCAAAGAAGCUGUGAAGGUGGCCAUUGAUGCUGGGUACCGCCAUAUCGACUGUGCCUAUUUCUAUGAGAAUGAGAAUGAGGUAGGCGAUGCCAUCCAAGAGAAAAUCAAGGAGAAGGUUGUGAAGCGGGAGGACCUUUUCAUCGUUAGCAAGUUGUGGCCCACCUUUUUCGAGAGACCCUUAGUGAAAACGGCCUGUCAGAAGACUCUCAAGGAUCUGAAACUGGACUAUUUGGACAUCUAUCUUAUUCACUGGCCACAGGGUCUACAGCCCAGUAAGGACUUUUUCCCUAAAGAUGAUAAAGGCAAUAUCCUCACCAGCAAAGCAACAUUCUUGGAUGCCUGGGAGGCCUUGGAGGAGCUGGUGGAUGAGGGAUUGGUGAAGGCCCUUGGGAUCUCCAACUUCAACCACUUCCAGAUCGAAAAGCUCUUAAACAAACCAGGACUGAAACAUAAGCCAGUGACUAAUCAGAUCGAGUGCCACCCAUACCUCACACAGGACAAACUUAUCCAGUACUGCCACUCCAAGGGCAUCACCAUCACAGCCUACAGCCCCCUGGGCUCUCCAGAUAGACCUUGGGCUAAGCCAGAGGACCCUUCUCUACUAGAAGAUCCUAAGAUUACGGAGAUUGCUGCAAAGUACAAGAAAAGCACUGCCCAGGUUCUGAUCCGGUUCCAUAUCCAGAGGAAUGUGGCUGUGAUCCCUAAGUCUGUGACACCAAAACGCAUUAUUGAGAACUUUCAGGUCUUUGACUUUAAAUUGAGUGAUGAGGACAUGGCGACUAUGCUCAGCUUCAACAGAAAUUGGAGAGUCUGUUCUGUUACUCACCUAGCUCAUUUGGAUGAGUAUCCCUUCCAUGCAGAAUAUUGAAGUUGAAUCUUCUAA